CCACCAUCGAAGACCUUCUGAUGACGAAGACGAAGUCAAAAUUCCAGUCUCUCUCAGCACGUCGCUCAACACCGCUGCCGGAACCCAAUCCCUCGCCGCGUACUUUCUCCAAAACUUUACCAGAACCCAAUUCCUCUCCAGGAACCGACAAAACUUUCCGAACACCAUUUCCCUUAUCACUCAUCACUCCAAUCAAAACCCUAAAAUCCAUCACAUUAUCCGAUUGGUGGCUAACAAAGAAAAGCAAAGGUCUAAGUAUCACAGGAUUCGAAUCAAAUGGUGGAUCUGGAGUAAGACUAUUUUCAUCAGGAACAAUCUCAAAACGACAUGAAAGUACCACUCUUGAAGCAAUUGAUGGGAUUACAAUUUCUAUCAAUGGUUUCAUCAAUCGAUCUCGUAGUUUAGAGAACGGUGUUUCGAAUGAGGUUUGUAAUCGUUUUCGUUUAGGGUUUCCUUAUGAUUGGGAAGAUUACAAUGUAGAAGAAGAAGAGAAGAAAAAUGUUGUUGAUAUUUCGUUUGAUGAUAUUCCAGUGAAUAGGUAUCAGGAUCUUUAUUGUCUUGAGGGUUGUUUGAAAGAUAAGAUUUUGGAUGAUGUUGUUGGUAGUUUAAGAGAUUUGGUUUGUCAGAAAUCUGAUAAGGAAUGUGAGAAAUCAAGAGUGAGUUGUGAUGAUGGUGAGAGUUUGGUUUCGAGGGUUGUGGGAGUGAAGACUAGAGGUAUGCUUAGACGGAGGGAAGAGUAUGAAGCUUCUAUCGGGAAAAGAGAUGCGACGAUCUCUGGUGAAAGAGCUGUGACAAGGAAUUUGGAUUAUGUUGUUGAGGGUUUAAGAGAUUUGGUUUGUCAGAAAUCUGAUAAGGAAUGUGAGAAAUCAAGAGUGAGUUGUGAUGAUGGUGAGAGUUUGGUUUCGAGGGUUGUGGGAGUGAAGACUAGAGGUAUGCUUAGACGGAGGGAAGAGUAUGAAGCUUCUAUCGGGAAAAGAGAUGCGACGAUCUCUGGUGAAAGAGCUGUGACAAGGAAUUUGGAUUAUGUUGUUGAGGGUUUAAGAGAUUUGGUUUGUCAGAAAUCUGAUAAGGAAUGUGAGAAAUCAAGAGUGAGUUGUGAUGAUGGUGAGAGUUUGGUUUCGAGGGUUGUGGGAGUGAAGACUAGAGGUAUGCUUAGACGGAGGGAAGAGUAUGAAGCUUCUAUCGGGAAAAGAGAUGCGACGAUCUCUGGUGAAAGAGCUGUGACAAGGAAUUUGGAUUAUGUUGUUGAGGGUUUAAGAGAUUUGGUUUGUCAGAAAUCUGAUAAGGAAUGUGAGAAAUCAAGAGUGAGUUGUGAUGAUGGUGAGAGUUUGGUUUCGAGGGUUGUGGGAGUGAAGACUAGAGGUAUGCUUAGACGGAGGGAAGAGUAUGAAGCUUCUAUCGGGAAAAGAGAUGCGACGAUCUCUGGUGAAAGAGCUGUGACAAGGAAUUUGGAUUAUGUUGUUGAGGGUUUAAGAGAUUUGGUUUGUCAGAAAUCUGAUAAGGAAUGUGAGAAAUCAAGAGUGAGUUGUGAUGAUGGUGAGAGUUUGGUUUCGAGGGUUGUGGGAGUGAAGACUAGAGGUAUGCUUAGACGGAGGGAAGAGUAUGAAGCUUCUAUCGGGAAAAGAGAUGCGACGAUCUCUGGUGAAAGAGCUGUGACAAGGAAUUUGGAUUAUGUUGUUGAGGGUUUAAGAGAUUUGGUUUGUCAGAAAUCUGAUAAGGAAUGUGAGAAAUCAAGAGUGAGUUGUGAUGAUGGUGAGAGUUUGGUUUCGAGGGUUGUGGGAGUGAAGACUAGAGGUAUGCUUAGACGGAGGGAAGAGUAUGAAGCUUCUAUCGGGAAAAGAGAUGCGACGAUCUCUGGUGAAAGAGCUGUGACAAGGAAUUUGGAUUAUGUUGUUGAGGGUUUAAGAGAUUUGGUUUGUCUGAAAUGUGAGAAAUCAAGAAUUGGUGAUGAUGAGAGUUUGAUUUCAAGAGUUGUGGGAGUGAGGGCUGGAGGUAUGCUUAGACGGAGAGAAGAGUAUGCUUCCAUUGGAAAAAGAGUUCCGUCUGUUCCGACAAUUACAACAAAAAAGAUGUUGCAGAGAGCAGCGAGCAAUGCGUAUUCAUGGUGGUGGGCAAGCCACAUCCGUACAAAGCAAUCCAAAUGGCUCGAACACAAUCUUCAGGAUAUGGAAGAGAAGGUAGAAUAUACACUUAAGAUCAUAGAUGAAGAUGGAGACACUUUUGCUAAAAGAGCUGAGAUGUAUUACCGUAAAAGGCCGGAGAUUGUUAAUUUUGUGGAGGAAGCUUUUCGGUCAUACCGUGCCUUAGCUGAACGUUAUGAUCAUUUAUCUAGAGAGCUUCAAAGUGCAAACCGCACAAUAGCCACAGCUUUCCCUGAACAUGUUCAGUUUCCUUUGGAGGAUGAUAGUGAUGAAAAUGAAGAUUAUGAAGGGAAUCCGCAGAAACCGCCUAAGCAUCUUCAUCUUAUUCCCAAGGGAAUCAACAUACCUGAAGUCCCGGAUAUUCCUAAAAAGAAAGAUUUCAGGAGUCAGUCUAUGAUGUUGUCUAGAAAAGGACCAGCUGGUCUGAAAAGGACAGUAUCUUCUGCACAAGCAAAGCGGGAAGCGGCGAUUGUGCGUUCGGGAUUGAGUAAAGAAGAGGGUUUGGAAGAGAUUGAUAAGCUUCAGAAGGGGAUCUUGGCGUUGCAGACCGAGAAGGAGUUUGUGAGGAGCUCAUAUGAGCAGUCUUAUGAGAGGUAUUGGGAUUUGGAGAAUGAAGUGACUGAGAUGCAGAAGAGCGUUUGUAAUUUACAAGAUGAGUUUGGUCUUGGUGCUUCGAUAGAUGAUAGUGAUGCUAGGACUUUGAUGGCGAGCACCGCUUUGAGCUCUUGUAAGGACACUCUUGCUAAGCUUGAGGAGAAACAGAGGAAAUCUGUUGAAGAAGCGGAAAUUGAGAAAGGAAGGAUUACUACUGCGAAAGAACGGUUUUAUGCAUUGAGGAACAAGUUUGAGAAACCGGAAAAUGAUGUUCUUGAUGAGGUUAUUAGGACAGACGAAGAAGAAGAGAAAGAGGCUGAUGAUGUGGUUCAAGAAUCGAGUUAUGAAUCCGAGAGAGAAGAUUCAAAUGAGAAUCUUACUGUUGUGAAGCUUGCGGAGAAGAUUGAUGAUCUUGUGCAUAGGGUUGUUUCAUUGGAGACCAAUGCUUCUUCUCAUACUGCAUUGGUGAAGACUUUAAGAUCAGAGACAGAUGAGUUACAUGAACAUAUCCGUGGUCUAGAGGAGGACAAAGCAGCUCUUGUUUCGGAUUCAACGGUUAUGAAACAGAGGAUCACGGUGCUUGAAGAUGAGCUGAGAAAUGUUAGAAAACUGUUCCAGAAAGUAGAAGAUCAAAACAAGAAUCUACAGAACCAAUUCAAGGUAGCCAAUAGGACUGUUGAUGAUUUAUCUGGCAAGAUACAAGAUGUGAAGAUGGAUGAAGAUGUCGAAGGAGCUGGAAUUUUCCAGGAACUGCCAGUUGUUUCGGAAUCAGAAGAUUCACGCGAUGAUUUGAAGUCAAUCUCAACGGAGACGGAAAUGAGGAGUAGCGUGGAGAAAACGAAGAAAGAUGUGAUUGUAGUUAAAGAGAGUGAAGACAGUGAAAGAGCUCAAGAAGAGAAAUCAGAGAUGAAAGAUUCGUUUGCGUUAUCAGAAACUGCAAGCACUUGUUUCGGAACAGAAGCAGAAGAUCUGGUGACGGAAGACGAGGAUGAAGAGACACCAAACUGGAGGCAGUUGUUACCUGAUGGCAUGGAGGAUAGAGAGAAGGUUCUGUUAGAUGAAUACACAUCAGUGUUAAGGGAUUAUAGAGAAGUAAAGAGAAAGUUAGGUGACGUUGAGAAAAAGAACCGGGAAGGAUUCUUCGAGUUAGCAUUACAGUUGAGAGAACUCAAGAAUGCUGUUGCUUACAAAGACGUAGAGAUUCAGUCGUUACGCCAAAAACUCAGCUCGCCCGGGAAAGAUUCGCCACACCAAGUAGAAGGAAAUAAUCAGUUGGAACAUGAACAAGUACAUCAUGAAAGUGUGAGCAUUUCACCAACUUCUAACUUUUCGGUUUCCACUACGCCGCAUCAUCAAUUGGGAGACAUGAAGAGAACACCUGGAAGAACAAAGUCAACUGAGGUUAGGGUGAAAUUUGCAGACGUUGAUGACAGCCCAAGAACAAAGAUUCCAACUGUGGAAGACAAAGUGCGUGCAGACAUUGACGCGGUGUUGGAAGAGAAUCUCGAGUUUUGGUUAAGAUUUAGCACAUCGGUACAUCAGAUACAGAAGUACCAGACAACGGUUCAGGAUCUCAAAUCAGAGCUAUCGAAACUGAGAAUCGAAAGCAAGCAACAACAUGAAUCUCCAAGAAGUAGUAGUAAUACUGCAGUUGCAUCAGAGGCCAAGCCUAUCUAUAGACACCUUAGAGAGAUCCGAACAGAACUACAGCUAUGGCUAGAGAACAGCGCGGUUCUGAAAGACGAACUCCAGGGAAGGUAUGCAUCACUAGCUAAUAUCCAAGAAGAAAUCGCAAGAGUCACGGCUCAAUCAGGUGGCAAUAAAGUAAGUGAUUCAGAGAUUAGUGGUUACCAAGCUGCAAAGUUCCAUGGAGAGAUACUUAACAUGAAACAGGAAAACAAAAGGGUCUCAACCGAACUUCAAUCAGGUCUUGAUCGUGUAAGAGCAUUAAAAACCGAAGUGGAGAAGAUUCUGACUAAACUAGAAGAGGAUCUUGGGAUCUCAAGUGCAACAGAAGCAAGAACAACUCCGAGCAAGAGCUCAUCGAGUGGAAGACCGAGGAUUCCAUUACGGUCAUUCUUGUUCGGUGUCAAGUUAAAGAAGAAUAGACAACAGAAGCAAUCUUCAUCAUCUCUCUUCUCUUGUGUCAGUCCAUCUCCAGGUCUCCAAAAACAGUCUAGUUACAAUAGACCACCUGGAAAGCUCCCUGAAUAAUCAAUCAGUCAAUCAUCUCUUUGUUAUUUGCCUUUUCAAUUCCUUGUUUUCUAGCUUUUACGUCGUGUACCUGUGGAAGAACCAAUGAGAUACAAAUCAAAGUGAAUGUUCUUG